AUGGCGCUGCUUGGCAAGGCCUUUGCCUUUGGAAUGGCGCCAUCUGCAGGUCCGGUGGAAAGGCUCCCGUCAAGACCAGACCGUGUCACGCGUCAGCUUCCGGACAGAGGUUCGUCAGCACUUGCAGCUGCCGCCACGGCAUUGGCAGCAGGCAUUGUAGCCAACAGGCGAGCGGUGCAGAAAGGGGCGGCCCGAGGAGUGGCGCGACAUGCCGAAGUGCAGGAAUACAUGGACUUUGACCCCGAGGACUGGGUGAAGCGUGUAAAGAUGAUUGAGGGCGAACGCGCCGUUUUCGAUGUGACGAUUCCCAAACCACUUGGCCUGGUUCCAGCCAACUUCCCGAAUCGUCCUGGCGUCGGCGUGGCCAAGAUCACCCCGGACAGCUCUCACAGAAGUGCUCGCGGGUGUCGUGUCUCUACAGUGCCGCGAUCGUUUACCUACAUCCCAGCAGCUAAACAAGAAGCCCCAGCCGCAACGAUUGCUCAAGGCAAUGUGGGGCAAGUACCUAGGAGCUAG